AUGACGAGAGAAUGGGUCCUGGUUUUGUCCAGCACACUGCUCUGUGUUCUGGCUGGCCCCAUGCAGCACCUGUUCCAGCCAAGCUUGGUGCUGGACAUGGCCAAGGUCCUCUUGGAUAACUACUGCUUCCCCGAGAACCUAAUGGGAAUGCAAGCAGCCAUUGAGCAGGCUGUGAAGAGUCGUGAGAUUCUGGGCAUCUCAGACCCUCAAACGCUGGCCCAUGUGCUGACAGCCGGAGUGCAGAGUUCCUUGAAUGACCCACGCCUCUUCAUCUCCUACGAGCCCAGUACCCUCGAGACUCCCCAGCAAGCACCAACACUCACCAACCUCACCCGAGAAGAGUUGCUGGUCCAGCUACAGAGGAACAUCCACCAUGAGGUUCUUGAGGGCAAUGUGGGUUACCUACGAGUGGAUGACCUCCCUGGCCAGGAGGUACUGAGUGAGCUGGGGGGGUUCUUGGUGGCCCACGUGUGGAAGCAGCUCAUGGACACCUCCUCCUUGGUGCUAGAUCUCCGGAACUGUGCUGGUGGUCACAUCUCUGGGAUCCCUUAUGUCAUCUCCUACUUGCACCCUGGGAACACUGUCAUGCACGUGGAUACCAUCUAUGAUCGCCCCUCGAAUACCACCACCGAGAUCUGGACCUUGCCCAAGGUCCUAGGGGAGAGAUACAGUGCUGACAAAGAUGUGGUAGUCCUCACCAGUGGACGUACCGGGGGCGUGGCUGAGGACAUCGCCUACAUCCUCAAGCAGAUGCGCAGGGCCAUUGUGGUGGGUGAGCGGACAGAGGGUGGUGCCCUGGACCUCCAGAAGCUGAGGAUAGGCCAGUCCAACUUCUUCCUCACAGUACCUGUGUCCAGGUCCCUGGGACCCCUGGGAGGAGGUGGCCAGACGUGGGAAGGCAGUGGAGUUCUGCCCUGUGUGGGGACACCUGCAGAGCAGGCCCUAGAAAAGGCCCUGGCCAUCCUCACCCUGCGUCGUGCCCUGCCAGGGGUUGUCCUCCGACUUCAGGAGGCCCUGCAGGACUAUUACACACUGGUGGACCGAGUGCCAGGCCUGCUACACCACCUGGCUAGCAUGGACUACUCAGCCGUGGUCUCUGAGGAGGACCUAGUGACAAAGCUCAAUGCUGGCUUGCAGGCUGUGUCAGAGGAUCCCAGGCUCCUGGUGAGAGCCACUGGACCCAGAGAAAGCUCCUCUAAGCCCGAGACUGGGCCUAAUGACCCCCCAGAAGCCGCUCCUGAGGUGCCCAAGGAAGAAGCCGCCCGGAGGGCGCUAGUGGACUCUGUGUUUCAGGUGUCUGUGCUACCAGGCAAUGUGGGUUACCUGCGCUUUGACAGAUUUGCAGACGCCUCUGUGCUGAAGGCACUGGGUCCUUACGUGCUGCACCAGGUGUGGGAGCCUCUGCAGGACACGGAGCACCUCAUCAUGGACCUGCGUCACAACCCUGGAGGGCCGUCCUCUGCUGUGCCUCUGCUGCUGUCCUACUUCCGGGGCCCUGAGGCUGGCCCCGUGCGCCUCUUCACCACCUAUGACCGCCGCACCAACGUCACCCAGGAGCACUUCAGCCACAGGGAGCUGCUAGGCCAACGAUACGGCAACCAGCGUGGGGUGUACCUGCUUACCAGCCACAGAACUGCCACCGCUGCCGAAGAGUUCGCCUUCCUAAUGCAGUCCCUGGGCUGGGCCACACUGGUAGGGGAAAUCACUGCGGGUAGUCUGCUGCACAGCUGCACGGUGCCACUGCUGGACUCGCCAGAGGGUGGCCUGGCACUCACAGUGCCUGUGCUCACCUUUAUUGACAACCACGGUGAAGCCUGGCUGGGUGGUGGUGUGGUGCCUGAUGCCAUCGUGCUGGCUGAGGAGGCCUUAGAGAGAGCUCAGGAGGUGCUGGACUUCCAUCGCAGCCUGGGUACCUUGGUAGAAGGCACCGGUCACCUGUUGGAGGCUCACUAUGCCAGGCCGGAGGCCGCAAGGCAGGCCAGAGCUCUCCUGCAAUCCAAGCUGGCCCAAGGAGCCUACCGCACAGCAGUGGACUUGGAGUCCCUGGCCUCGCAGCUCACAGCUGACCUGCAGGAGGUUUCUGAGGAUCAUCGCCUGCUGGUGUUCCACAGCCCCGGCGAGCUGGUGGCCGAGGAGGUCCCCCUGCCACCUCCCGCUGUCCCCUCGCCAGAAGAACUCUCCUAUCUCAUUGAGGCCCUGUUCAAAACAGAUGUGCUACCAGGUCAGUUGGGCUACUUGCGUUUUGAUGCCAUGGCUGAGCUAGAGACAGUGAAGGCCAUCGGGCCUCAGCUAGUACGGCUGGUGUGGCAGAGGCUGGUGGACACGGCCGCGCUGGUGGUUGACCUACGCUACAAUCCUGGCAGCUACUCUUCUGCCGUGCCUCUGCUCUGCUCCUAUUUUUUUGAGGCAGAACCCCGCCAGCACCUCUAUUCUGUUUUUGACAGGGCGACGUCUAGUAUCACAGAAGUAUGGACCCUGCCGCUGGUGGCCGGGCAGCGCUAUGGUUCCCACAAGGAUCUCUACAUCCUCAUGAGCCACACUAGUGGUUCUGCAGCUGAGGCCUUCGCUCAUACCAUGCAGGACCUACAGCGGGCCACAGUCAUUGGAGAGCCCACAGCUGGAGGGGCACUCUCUGUGGGCAUCUACCAGGUGGGCAACAGCCCCUUAUAUGCCUCCAUGCCUACCCAGAUGGCCCUGAGUGCCACCACCGGUGAGGCCUGGGACUUGGCUGGUGUGGAACCUGACAUCACUGUUCCCAUGAGUGAGGCCCUUUCCACAGCCCAGGACAUAGUGGCCCUGCGUGCCAAGGUGCCCACAGUACUACAGACAGCUGGGAAACUAGUGGCAGAUAACUAUGCCUCCCCUGAGUUGGGGGCCAAGAUGGCUGCCAAGCUAAGCGGUCUGCAGAGCCGAUAUGCCAGGGUGACUUCAGAAGGGGCCUUGGCUGAGAUGCUGGGAGCAGACCUGCAAAUGCUCUCUGGAGACCCACACCUGAAGACAGCACACAUCCCAGAGGAUGCCAAAGACCGCAUUCCUGGAAUUGUGCCCAUGCAGAUUCCUUCCCCAGAAGUCUUUGAAGAUCUGAUCAAGUUCUCCUUCCACACAAAUGUGCUGGAGGACAACAUUGGCUACUUGAGGUUCGACAUGUUUGGGGACUGUGAGCUGCUUACCCAGGUCUCCGAGCUGCUGGUAGAGCACAUCUGGAAAAAGAUCGUACACACAGAUGCCCUGAUCAUCGACAUGAGGUUCAAUAUUGGUGGCCCCACCUCUUCCAUCUCAGCCCUGUGUUCCUACUUCUUCGACCAGUCACCCCCCAUUCUGCUGGACAAGAUCUACAGCCGGCCCAACGACUCUGUCAGCGAACUCUGGACCCACACUCAGCUCACAGGUGAACGCUAUGGUUCCAAGAAGAGUGUGGUCAUCCUCACCAGUGGUGUGACAGCCGGUGCCGCUGAGGAAUUUACUUACAUCAUGAAGAGGCUGGGCCGGGCACUGGUCAUUGGUGAAGUGACCAGUGGAGGCUGCCAGCCACCACAGACCUACCAUGUGGAUGACACCCACCUCUACAUCACCAUCCCCACAGCUCGCUCUGUGGGUGCCACGGAUGGCAGUUCCUGGGAAGGGGUGGGGGUGACACCUCAUGUGGUUGUUCCUUCAGAAAUGGCCCUUACCAGAGCCAAGGAGACACUCCAGCAUGAAAAAUUACAGUUAAUCAGAAGUCCAGCCAAAGUCAGAUGUCAUCAUUUUUCUAAUUCAAAAUUGGAUGUCUUGGAAGCUCAGCUCCCUGGUAGUGGGCAAAGGUUCUACCUUGGUUAGUUAGAGGAACAUGGGGUCAAGAUUAAAUCUGGGACAAGUGACAAGUCUAGGUAUCAGCAUCCUGCCAGAUGCCCAGUGGGCAGUGCAGACGGACAGCAGCAGCAUCCUCAGGAGGCAGCUCCCAGGUGUGAUGUCAGCUGUGGGCCUGCCUAAGCCACCUGGUUUUUUCUACCCACUAUCCAGCCAGAUCUCUCGGGCUGCUCUUCUGAGACUGGACACAAUCCAGGCUCCUUCCAGAAACUCCCUUCUGCCUCCAUCAGCCAUAUUGUUUUCUUUUAGAGACUAGUGCAGUCUGGAGCUGCUAGUGAGGGGAUACGCGGGACCUCAACCAAACCUGUUGACCGGAAGAUCCCAAUGUUCCCGUCACAUGGUGCAUAGUGUCCCCUGGGCCUGGGGAGGGGAUGUGAAGUGGAAAGAAACCAAUAUUCUCUGCACAGCAGAACAAGUCAGCCUUCCUUAUGUGAGCCUCUCACGGGACCUGCUUGGAGACAAGACUAAGUAGAAGAAACAAGGAACAACACAUAUACAGGUCCCAGAAACUGUCUCUACUUAGUACCACCACACUCUCCGGCCCCACCUGACCCAAGGCAGCUCCUGUCCCCAGUUCAGCAUCUCGGACUCACCCAUACAUUACUUCCAGACACCGCCCUCUCUUGCUCCUCUGCACACUGACACCAGGGUCCGGCAAGUUAAUAUCUAGCAUUACUCCACAUUGGCCCCUUCUGUCAUUGUCUCCCUGGUCUUGAGGCCCCGGCUUGGUGCCUGAGCACCCACUUCAGCCUUUUGCCUCAUCUAUGGGCUGCAAGGGGCUGCUUUUACUGAAAGGCUUUGAUCUCUGAUGGCGUUCCUCUCAAGGGUCAGACUUACCUGUCCCAUCCUGCAGAUCAGGUGGAGAAGGAGCCUAAGACUGUAAGCAGCAAGGGUGGGGCAACUCCCUUGACCUUUGUCAGGGGUGCUGGAGGGCCCUAGAGUCCAGCUGGUCCUAAUAGUCCGGGUGUUCCCACCACCUGCACGGUUAGUGGAUUAUAAGAGCUCUGGAAGGACUCCAAACUGGCUCUGUGUGGGCAAGACCUGCCUAAGGGGCUUCUGUUGUUCUCGACCAAAGCCAGCCUUUGGGUACAGAAAACAAAUGCAGGGUUGUUAGACGCAUCGCCUUCUGUAUGGUUGCCUCUCUCCCUGGGGCAAAUCUUGAGGAUUCCAGGCCAGAUACCACGCAAGGAGUGAAUGCAAAACAAAGAGCUCCAGAGAAGGUCCAGGGACUAGAUAUGAACAGCAGGGUUAGGGAGCUGGCACAGUCUUCACCCUGGCCGGGGUGUGACCAACAGGACCAAGGUGGGCAAGAUAGAGGAUGGCACUGAGUGUGCUAGAGUGCCAUGCCCAGGUGCAGUUGGUCAUCAGAGGAAAGGACUUGGACCUCCAAAGUCUUGCUGGAGUAUGCAUGGCCUGGCUCCCUACAGCAGGGGGCAUCAGGAAUCCCAUCCCCAUUCAACUAGGAAGGUGAAGAGAGCAUCUGGAGGCCAGCACAGCAGAGGGGGCCCCUGGCCAUCUCCUGUCUCACUCACCCUACAAUGCCCAGGGUCACCGCCAUUACCAGAAUGCAAUGAAAGGAAGCCAGGCAUAUUAAAGCCCACUCCUGGGCCAGCAAGCUCUCCAGGUCCCCACAAGAGGGUACUUAGCUACCACCUACUGGUUCCUGAGGGAUUUAGCUGCUGCCACCUGGCCUGGGGACCUCAGCUCUGCUUUACAGACCAGUGACUGGUACUGAAGAUAGCCUCUUAACCUGAAGAUCUUAGAACAGCAAAGGGACCAGACACCGGAGGUCCCCUGCCUCCAGCCCUGGGAAACACAUCAUGGAUAAAAGAGGAAAGCUACAUUUAAAGCCUCCUCUCUUCUCUUCCCACCCCUCAUACAAAACGGAUUUCUAAAAAUUUUCUCCUAGGAGGUAUUUUAAGUCACAUCAUAUCAUAGAAUAACUUCCUUAAAGAGGGAGGGGCUUAUCCCAGCAGAUUCAUAUCUCAUAUACUACAUGACCUUUAGGCCUGUCACAAGACUUGUAAUAAGGAAAGUAUAAAAUGAUGGGGAUUUGUGAAAUCUCUAUCGGAGAAGCAGCUUACAGAGGCCUCUAGGGAGUGCCAUCCCUUCCCAGGGGGAUGGAGGAGGCAAGGGCUGUAACUGGGCUUUACAUAUUUCCAUCCUGUGCAGCAUGUCUCUUCCAGCGCUCAUGAGGAUAGGGGCCAUGAGUGAGGUUAGAAGGGUGGGCCUGGCCCCUGGUGCAUUCAACAGCUGGAAGCCUAUCAGACUUGGGGGUGGGGCACCAGCUGAUUGAUGGUUCUUUCAUUCUCCACACAGCAAGUCUACGCCACGUUCAUGUCACUCACGUUGCCAGAAUGCAGUGAAAGGAAGCCAGACAUACCAGAUCCCAACCCUGGUCCAGGAAACCCUCCUCCAAGUCACCACAAGAAGGCAUCCAUCUGCCUAGCUGUGUUUAAGCAGCAGUUGAGUUAGUAGACAAGUACUUUUACACUAAUUCCUGGCUUGCUGCUCUCUCUUUUAGCUUCUUUCAGCUCUGGGGAGGCUUCCCCCAGGAAACCCAUCCAAGCUCAUGGCAAGACCUGUCCCCAAGGUGUGCCAUCACCAUGUCUGUGCUCUGGCCCCUUCAUCUACAUACAUUUUUCUAAUCAUACAGUCAUUUGCAUUUAGGAUCCCUGACCUAAAGAUCCAGGAAUCUGCAACAAGUUCAGAAUUAGGACCUGGCAUCAUGGUGAUUUUAAUUGUUUCCAAGAUGACAGUAAAAAGAAAACCUCAAUGAUGGUCUAAAUUCAGCACUAUAAGCGCUCGGGAUAUGAGUUGUUGGUAAUUGUCUAGUAAGUUGAUCUGAAUUCAGCAUGGCCUUCUUCAGUCUCAUUUUCAAAUUCUUUUUUAAAUUCUGGGCAGUGCUGGAGACUGAACCUGUGUCUCACACAUGCUAGGCAAGCACCCUACUACUGAGUCAAAACCCCUGGCCCCUGAGGACUUCUUAGAAGCCUUAGUUUUUCCAAGAAUUAUUUUAUAUUUAUAGAUGUGGAAGUGGUUGUGCCACAUGUGUGCGGGCACUGCUUGAGGCCACAAGAGGGCACCAGAUUCCCUGCAGCUGGAGUUCAGGGCAGUUGUGGCGCUCAGCAUUGGUAAGGUAACCCACCUUGGGUCCUCUGGAAGAUCAGCAAG